AUGAACAUCGGUGAAAUAGAUAGUAACGAUAUUUUAUUUGAUCUAAAGUUCACAUCCAAGCAACUUAUAAAUUUUUCUAAGAAAUGCGAUAAGGAAGAGAAAGCAGCAAAGGCACAGCUUAAAAAAGCAAUUCAAGCAGGAAAUAUGGAUUGUUCGCGAAUAUAUGCUGAAAAUGCCAUCAGGAAAAAGAAUGAAUCCUUGAAUUAUAUGAGGAUGUCUUCAAGGAUUGAUGCUGUUGCUGCGAGAGUGCAGACAGCGGUGACUACUCAAUCAGUGACCGCGUCCAUGAGCAAUGUAGUUAAGGGCAUGUCGGCCGCCAUGAAAUCCAUGAACUUAGAGAAGAUUUCGAAUCUAAUGGAUCAGUUUGAAAAGGAAUUUGAAAGUCUAGAUGUACAAUCUCAGGUCAUGGAAGGAACAAUGAAUAACACCACCUCGCUGAAUGCGCCUUCUAACGAAGUAGACCAACUAAUGCGAGAAGCUGCUGACGAAGCAGGAAUUGAACUAGACCUAAACCUUCCCAGUGGGGUCACAUCAGCAAUCACUGCUCCACAUGCUUCGGUACCUGCGGAGGAACAUGAAUUAUCGGAACGUUUGGCCCGUCUUCGGCAAGCAUGA